CAAAAUUAGCCGACAGCAUCCACGCCUACCUUUGGGCUUUUCUAUUAAAAUAGCUUUAAAAUCAGCCGCUCCCCAUGUGCCUCUGCUGGUUUCUACCAGGGUGAGGUGAGGUCGUCAAAGAAAACAGACAGAGAGGGGCAGAAACCGCUCCAGUAAUCCCCAGCCCUCAUCCCAGAGAAUGGAAGCAUCGCGGCGGCGAAUGGCGGUGGUGAUGCCCCUCCUCCCUCUCCUCUUCCUGGCCUUCGCCACCGUCUCCGCCGACAGGUUCACGGUGGGCGACUCCAAGGGCUGGAACCCCGGCGUCAACUACACCGAAUGGGAGAAGAAGCACAGCCCUUUCCACGUCGGCGACUGGCUUGUGUUUUACUACCAGUCGGGGAUGGCGGACGUGGUGCAGGUGGACGAGGCGGCGUACAACAAGUGCGACGCCUCCAACCCCAUCUCCAACUACAGCAAGGGAAGGAGCUACGCCUUCGAGCUCAACCACACCAAGCGCUAUUACUUCAUCUGUAGUUAUGGCUACUGCUUCGGAGGGAUGAAGCUCUCCAUCAAGGCCGAGCCCCUCCCCCCGCUCCCUCCCCCGUCCCACAAGCCCUCCGCCGCCCCCUCUCUUGUCCCCAGAUCCGCCGCGGCCGUGACUCUCGCCAUCUCCGCCGCUCUACUUCAAUUACUGUGAAGGGGAAAAAAAGGCGGUUCCCAUUUCCCAUUUCCCCAUUUUCUUUUUUUUUUCUUUCUUCAUAAUCUUUCGUUUUUUUUUUUUUGGUCUCCAUUCGAUGAAUGUUGCUUGAGAGAGACUGUGAGAGAGAGAGAGCGUCAGUAGUUGUUGGUUUGUGAUCUGAAAUUUGAACAGAUUUUUUUUUUUGGUAAUGCGAAGUUUAAUUUGUGUUUCUUUUUGCUAAUAUGGAAGUUUAGACUUCCUUUUCCUAUUA